CUGAACUCGCUUCGGUUUGACGUACCCGCGCGAUCGACAGUCAAGCGCGGAAAGCCGUCGAUAGUGCGCGAUUAUCCUUCCAGCCGCGUUGGCAUUUGCAUUUUCCGCGAUGCAGGAACUCGGAGUGCAUCGCGCGUGAUCGUGCGUGGGUGCGUGCGUUGGAUGCGCGCGUUCGCGCGCGCGAUGCGGAUUGCAUUAUAUACGGAUGACCUCGCGCCACGAGUAUGGAGCUUGCUCAAGGCAUAUCUUUCGAGUGCCGUUAAGAUCACCGCGAGAAUCGAUUGUUGGAGUCACGAUCGUGUCCUAAAUCCGUGAUUCGAGACGUUCGGAGAGAGGGAAGAGAAGCAAAAAGGAAGAAUUACGAAAGGGACGAGAAAAGAGCACCGAACCGGUUCGGUCAUUUCGACAUCGUGCAUCGAAUUGGCAAAAUAUCUUAACCGAAUGUUUCCGGAUGUGAUCGUAAACAGCAUGGGAUUGCUGGUGAUAGCCGUCAUCGUGUUGGCUAGGUUCUCGCACGCCGAUCUUGAUCUUCGGGGUGUCAAGUGCGGCGAAAAACGUUGCAAUGUAUCGGAAUAUUGCAGCCCUUUCGACACGCACUGCAAACCUUGUGCAGAAGCAUGCGACAUGGAGAGCCACAAUUACCAACCAGAAGAGUGCACGAAAGAUUGUCAAGUUUAUCUUCACGAUCAGCGCUAUAUUGAGCGUGUGGCUUCAAAUAGGCAGUACGAUGAUCUCAGAGAGGAGGUGGAAAAACUCAAGAAUUGGUUCGCAGUUACAACGACGUUAACCUCUUUCUCAUUAUUGGGGAUGUUAUACCUGCUGGGAAGAACCUUAAUACGGUGGGAAAGGAUCCAAAACAGCUUACGAACUGUGUUCAGAAAGAAUCUUGCAAAGGUAGCUAAUAAGAAUAAAGAUGACGUCGAGGCCGCUGCGAAUAAACAAAAUGGUCUGAAAUUGACUAUACCAAGCAUAAGUGCCACAGUUGAAUCGGAACCCAAAAUCGUCGAAAAUGGUAAUAGUAAUAAUAGUAGUAAUAAUAACGGAAAUAGCACUACACCGAAUACCACAAGUACCCCUCUAUCACGACGAUACGCUAGCGAAGACACCACCCUCGAUUAUGCGUACGAUAAUCCGGCGAUGACACCGAGUCCAGAAGCCGCGCAGCUUAGAACAAAAGCUCGCGAGAGCUCAUUUUAAGAUUAGAAGUUUCGAGUAUUAAACACACCAUAAGAUCGUUCUUGAUUUUGCGUACUCGAAACAGACGAAAUAUUUGUAAAUGAAACUACGUAUAUAUUUGUUCGUUAAAAUACGAUUUAAAGUUCUACUGUGAAAUGAGUUAGAACAACUUGUGAUAGUAAUUGUUUUUAUAAAAAAAAAAAAAAGAAGAAAUACUUAUUCAAUCACAGAAUAUUGAAGAAAAAUUGUUUUACCGGAAUCGAAUGAACGAUUCUAAUUCAAGAAGGAAAAUGGAAGUAGGAUGUGGCGAAGUGUAUAUGAAUGAAAUAUGACGUGGCGACUGUGUUUCCUAUUUGCGAUUGCACAUUGAAGUAUUUCGUAAGAUUUUUCAAGUUUUUAUGCGAACGAGGAUUUUUUUAAGUAUUGUAUAUAUUGCAUAUUAGAGUAAAGAUCGAUCAAAUAAGAAAGAUCGUUCAUCGUCACUUUGUCUUUCUUAAAUGCUCGCGCGACUUUCUAUAUACUUUAAAGAGUUUCUACGUAUACGAUAGUCACCAGAUGAUGGGUAUUCUUAUGAAUAAUCACAGCCUCGCAUAAAAUAAUUCGUCAUAAUUAUUUUAUUUCUCAAUAAUCUCUGAAUCAUUAAAUGCCGAGUCAUGAGCAGAAUAAUAUGAUAUUAAUGAUCAUUAAUCUCAAUCAAAACUUAGAAAUAACGUGUGAUUAUUUUCAAUUAUAAAUUAGUUCCAGUCAAAAAAUCAGAAAAGUAACAUUUGAGAUUGUGUGAUUAUUACUUUAUAUUAUUAUAAUGUAGUAUCGUAAGUUUGGAGUGACUCGUGAAUGCGUAUUAUCGCCUCCGUGAACCAUGCGGCUGUGUGACUUAAUUAAAUAGUAAUUAAUACGAACGCUUGUGUGACUUACAUAGAUGCGCGCAGUGCAGUCUUGUCGACUUAAUGCUUUCGAUUUUAAGUUAUCGUUAUUAAGCCGAAAAACAACAUGUUUCUACAAAAUUGCAAUAAUAAAUUCAACGCCUUCGCUGUAUUAUGAAAAA